AUGUUGUCUUCGGUGCUGUCUCCAAUUGUUUCCAAUGCACAGACCAUGUCGUUAGUGGGUGGAUCCAUGAAUACAGGUCAAUCGUACAUGGUAUCUUGGAAUCCAAAUACAAGUAACUGGUUUUCAGUUAUUGCUGGAAGAGAUGUUUAUUAUUACAAAAUUGAUGAAAGAGUAUUGAGUAAUGUCUUGGAACAAAAAUCUACAUAUAACGGUUCUCAAGAAUUCUCAUCAAUUUCUACAACAUCGUUGCAAUCAGAGGCAUUGUGCUACUCCUGGUCUCCUGAAAGCAAAGAAACAUUUGCUGUUGGUCUUUCGAAUGGAUCAAUUCUACUUGAUGAUAUCCAAAGUGACCAACAUGUUUUUGCAGAGUUUACCCGAACAGAUCCAGCCAACAGAGGUAAAACAUCUUCACCUCCAUGUAGAUGUAUUGACUGGAAUCCAAUUGAAACUAAUUAUAUUGCUGCUGGUUACGAUAAAGUACCGAAACAAAAUUGUGUGGCUAUUUGGGAUUUGUCAAGAGUAACAUCAGGUGGAUUUAGUGGAAUAAUUUCUGAUACAGAAAGUACAAUUAGUAGCGACUAUGGAGGUCUCAGUUCAUUACACCAUGGAACAUUUGUUUCAAACUCUGUGAAAAAGCAGUCCAAUACUUUUCAAUUACCCUCUAGAUCAUAUUUUACAACUAAAAUUGUGACAAAGCCUCUAUACGAACUUUGCCCAGGAGAAGGAGCAACAUCCAUUUCCUGGAUGCCAAACCAAUCCAAUAUUUUCUUAUUAGGAACAAGUUUGAAAUAUAUUAGAUUAUUUGAUCUUAGAGAUUCCCUUGCAAUGAAAAGUUGUAAACCUUCGAAAAGCUUUGCAGUCCACAACAAAUCAGUUUUAGGAAUUCACUUUAAUCCAUUCGAUAGUAAUCAAUUUGCAACGUACUCUGAGGAAAGUGUUGUCCGAAUUUGGGAUCUGAGGAAAAUGCCCAACCCUAUCAAAGAGCUGAACGUGGCCUCAUUAUACCCUGCAUCAUCACAAAAAAUUCCUCCUAUUAUAUCACAAGUACAGUGGUCCACUUCUCACAAGAAUGUACUUGGAGUUUUGACCAAAGAUUCGAAUUCUAUCAAACUUUGCGAUUUAGCUGAGCAAGCUAAGACUGUGAAAUACAAGAUAUCUAAUUAUCAAACAGUUUUUUCAUCAAACAACAGCUCAAUUACUUCCUUUUCUUUCCAUCCAAAUAUUCCCAAAUGCAUACUUUUGUCAACGUAUUCAGGAUUUGUUCAGUAUACAUUUUUGAAAGAUUUUACAAAAUUCUCAAUAUCUUGUCACGAGGAAAUAAUAUCCGCUCAUAACAACCAAAUCAUAGAAAACAGCUUCAUGCAACCUAAUGAUAUUGUUUCUGUUAUGAAAGAAAGAGCAAAAAAAGCAAUUGGACUUGAUUUAAAACAUAACAUUGCCGUGUCAACCUCUUUAAAAGAUAUAGAUGGAGUAAUCAUUUGGUCUUGGAUACAUAAGAUGAGAGAGCUUAACAAAAUGAACGGACGAAAUCAAUCUAACGAACAAUUUUAUAUUGGAAUUCAAACGAUUCUGGAUUCUUCGAUACAGUUACAGAAUUUGACAGGCCAAGACGAUGGUGCAUUUUUACCUUUCAAACCUCUUCCUGGAACCGUUUCUCAUAAUUUUAAGGGUCAUACAAUUUCUCCGCAUUCUGAAAUUGUCAAACACUCCUCUACAACUCGAUAUCACAGCCCUCAACGAAGUAUUUGUCUAAAUGUUUGUGGAUGGGAUCAAGAAUAUUUGAAUGCACUAAAAAGCCCUCAAGUAGCUUCAGAGCAUUUGAACGAGAGAAGUGUCGCCAUAGCAAUAUUUAAUAUGGAUAUCAAGGCAGCAGCGAAUAUUCUUGGAUUACUUAGUGACAAUGACAAGAAAAGCAAUUACAUGUUUUUGGCAUAUGCACUUGGUGGAUAUUCAGACUCGAGACGAGAGGAAUUUCACAAUGUUUUCAACACUUUAUAUCCAAAGCUCAACGAUCCAUAUUUAUCAGCAGCAUUUGGAUUUUUAACAUCAGAUGAACCCAAAGACGUUGAAUGUGUACUAGAACAAAAAGCUAUUCCAGUGAGUGAUCGCAUUGCCUUUGCUUGUUACUACUUGAACGACUUUGAUCUCGGUAAAUAUAUUCUUUCUCUCAAAGAAAAAGGCUUGGCGACAGGAGAUAUCCAAGGCCUACUUCUAACAGGUUUGCAAUCUAACGAAAGUUAUCAAUUAAUGCAGAAAUAUGUAGAUCGAACUGGUGACGUUCAAACAGCAUGCUUAGUAUUUAACAGAGCACUUACCAGCAAGAACAACAAUAGCAUUGCAGAUAUUUGGAUGGAAAAUUAUAGAGAUUUACUUGACCGCUGGAAGAUGUGGGAAGAACGUGCCUUUUUAGAUAUUAGUAUUCAACAAAGUUUGCGUGGAGAGUCUGUCAUUAGUCACGAAGGUACAAAUCCUACUCAGAACGCAGUCACUCCAUUUUCGGGAACCACUCCAAUUCUGCAAGCCAGCGUCUCUAUCAAAUGUGCCUUUUGCUCUCAAUCACUCCAUCACUCCAGUUUGCUAUCAAGUAAGGGUGGAAGGCAAGCUCAACUAGCCAACAAACAUGGUAAUAGCCUAUCCAUGCCUAAAAGUACCAGUUGUCCUUCGUGUAGGAAACCACUCCCCAAGUGUGCCGUUUGUUUGAUGGCUUUUGGCUCUCCUUCACAUUCCAUGGGUGGAAAUAGCUCAUCGGAAAUGGACUUUUGUUUCUCAUGGUGCACACGUUGCAAGCAUGGAGGUCAUGUGAAGCAUUUGUUGGAUUGGUUUGAGAACCACGAAGAGUGCCCAGUGAGCGAUUGCAAAUGCAAAUGUUUUUCUUAUCUUUAA